CAGUCAGCAGAUACCAAGAAAUACUUCCUGCAGUGGAUGAAGGUCUUUAUGGACGACCUGUCCUCCGGUCGCCUUGAGGAACUGAGGAGAGACUAUCACAAGUUAUGGUCUGAAAUCCUGGAAAAAAAGAAAAGUAAGGAAAAAACCAAUCCAAACCCUGAGUUGCUGAGUAGGUUGGAGGCCCUCUCUGAUGAAAUCAACGAUUCAUCCGUUGGCCUGGAGCAUCUGUUGAGAGAGGUAGGGCAGAUCUAUGAAGCUCUGCACUUAAGGAACUCAAAGAAUGAAAACGUUGUCAAACUGCCCCAAAUGGCAGCAGAGCUGAUGGUUUCGGGGUAUCCCGUGGAGCUGAUGGAUGGGGAUGCUUCUUACCUGCCCCUGCGCUGGGUGGGAGCAAUCUUUGACAGCCUCAUUGAGAGGCUGGGGGACAAACGAGUGUUUGUUCUCUCUGUGCUCGGCAUCCAGAGCACAGGGAAGUCAACCCUGCUGAAUGCCAUGUUUGGGCUGCAGUUCAACGUCGGCGCGGGGAGAUGCACCCGGGGAGCGUUUAUGCAGCUCCUCCCACUGGAUGAGCAGCUGCAACAGGACGUGGGCUUUGAUUACAUGCUGGUUGUUGACACAGAGGGCCUUCGUGCCAUAGAGAUGGCCAAUAAGCAGUCCCUGAAUCAUGACAACGAGCUGGCCACAUUUGUCAUCGGCAUCGGCAACAUGACCUUGAUCAACGUCUUUGGGGAAAAUCCCUCAGAAAUGCAGGAUGUUCUUCAGAUC